AUGGCAAAGCGCGCUGCUGAAGAUGACGAGCCGCAAGGCGUGUCGCUGAAAGCUGGCGAUCGUCCAGUGGCGGACAAUGGUGUCGCAGAUGGCGAGGAAUUCGAGGAUGAGUUUGAGGAUGAAUACGAGAGCGAAGACGAGAUCCUCGAAGCUGGCGUCGAUGGCCGACCUGACGAAGAGCGCGAGGCUGAGGAGAAGGCAGCCGGCGCCAUGGACGUGGACCAGGAGACCUUCAUUCCAGGACGGCACAAGCUCGAAGCUGGACAAACACUAGCACCUGAUCUUUCGACCUACGAGAUGCUUCAUACUCUGGAACCAACUUGGCCAUGUCUGUCUUUCGAUAUUGUCAACGACAACCUUGGCGACAAUCGCAAGUCGUACCCAGCUACUGUGUAUGCUGUUGCUGGAACUCAGGCAGAGCAAGGUCGCGCCAAGGAGAACCAGAUCAUGGUCAUGAAGCUCUCAGGCCUCUCAAGGAACGACAAAGCCGCCAACAUCGAUUCUGACGAUGAAGAUGACGACGAUGAAGAAUUCACAGACCCGAUCCUCGAGACUAAGAGCAUCCCUCUGACAUCGACCACGAACCGCAUUAGAUCACACCAGUCGCCGCAAGCUAACUCCUCUAGCCCACCUACAACAGUCACUGCCGCGAUGCAAGAGUCUGGCGAAGUGCUCAUCCACGAUGUAACUCCUCAUCUGCGAGCCUUUGACGAACCAGGCUUCCAGCUUCCAGCCACAGCAAACAAACCACUAUGCACCAUCCGCGCACACAAGAAGAACGAAGGCUAUGCGCUUGACUGGUCUCCUCUAGUUCCUGCUGGUAAGCUUCUUACCGGCGAUAGUGCCGGCCAGAUCUUCGCCACUACGCGUACAGAAGGCGGCGGCUUCGUCACAGACACGAACGCAUAUACUGGCCAUACUGGUAGUGUGGAAGAGCUGCAAUGGUCUCCUAGUGAACGCAACGUCUUCGCUUCUGCCAGCAGUGAUGGCACUGUUAAGAUCUGGGACGCACGAAGCAAGUCUCGCAAGCACGCCAUUUCCGUCAAGGUCUCUGAUUCUGAUGCGAACGUUCUGUCCUGGUCGCAUCAGACUCCACACCUCCUUGCAUCAGGACACGAUGAUGGUACGUGGUCGGUCUGGGAUCUCAGGCAGUGGAAGACGCCCGACGAGGCCAAGGCUUCAAAGCCAGUCGCUCAUUUCAACUUUCAUCUUGGCCAGAUCACAAGCUUAGAAUGGCACCCGACCGACGACAGUAUCGUCUCUGUCUGCUCAGGAGAUAACACUCUCACACUGUGGGAUCUUGCAGUUGAACUUGACGACGAGGAGUCAAGGUACACCGCAGACGUCAAGGACGUUCCACCGCAGCUGCUGUUCGUGCACUACAUGGAGCAGGUCAAAGAGUCUCACUGGCAUCCACAAAUCCCCGGCACCGUCAUGGCGACUGGUGGAAGCGGAUUCGGCGUGUUCAAGACCAUCAGUGUGUAA